UGUCUAUUAUCGGUCCGGUUAUCACUAAACGGCUCUUUCAUUCUACAUUUUUCCGAUUUUCAGGAUCAACUUCGAAAGUACGCUUGAUUUAACUGAGCAGAUUGUGAGUUUCUCUCAUAUACUUUAAAAUCUGUUUCCUGCAAUUAGUCGCUUUGCAAUAAAAUCUUUCUAUAAAGGCUACAUUUGAAAUCCGAUCAUGAACGUAAUGCGCAGCUCAUAUCGGCCUUUUAAAUUAGCUCAGCAGUUUUUGAACUUCUCUGCUGAUGCAUCUAGCAAGUUAAAGGAAAUCGAGCAAAUGGUUAAAAAGAAUAAAGUAGUUGUUUUUAUGAAAGGUGUUCCUGAUGCGCCAAGAUGUGGCUUCAGCAAUGCGGUUGUGCAGAUCCUCAGAAUGCACGAUGUCAAGUAUGAUGCUCAUGAUGUAUUAGCCGACGAAAGUCUCAGGAAUGGCAUCAAGGAAUUUUCCAGCUGGCCCACAAUUCCUCAAGUUUUCAUAGAUGGAGAAUUCGUUGGGGGCUGUGAUAUACUUCUUCAGAUGCACCAAAAUGGUGAACUUAUUGAUCAACUUCAAAAAGCAGGAAUCAGCUCUGCGCUACUUAAAGAAGCAGUUGAAGGUGACAAGAAGAAUGACAAAUAGCUGUCUUAAAUUUUCCUGUCAAGGUUUUAUACGUGUAUAUAAGUAGAUUAUUUAUUCGCUCCUUUUGAACAGUCUCUUAACAUGAAGACUGAAUGUAUACCCAAGCAGGAAUGAAAAGCCACUGAAAACUUACUGUGAAAGCAGUUUGAGAGAAAUUUCAAUACUCACGUCAAGCAAUAGUAAUGAAGCCUUUUUUUUUCUUUCUUUUUUUUGAACCAAAAUUAAUGAAAUUUAAUAUGACAGGUAGUCUGCAAGGGUUCUAAGGGGGAAAAACUCCACUACAGUUUUUAUUCAUCUGCUAUUGUUGUAAAAUUGAAAAACUUUCCCCUGUUUUGAAAAUAUAGACCUCUUUUUUAUUGAAAAGAAGACUUCUGUGUCAGCGUUUUCAUCUUACCAGUGUCUGCUCAAGGACUUCGGAGUGAGGAGAUUUAUUAUUUUGUUAGACCUAUCUUUCAUCUAUAGUUUUUUUUCUUAAACAGCAUUACCAGCAGUGGCAUUUCUUCCAUAACCCAUAAGUUUGGAAACGAACCUCAAUUCUUUUGCCUAACAAGAACCCUUUCCAAAUUUAUCAUGAUUAUCUUACGUUCGCAUCCCCUUCCUAGGUAUUUUUUUUUUCUUGCAGUUUUGAUUUCAUGUUAUACUUUUUUCUGUAAAUAGCUUAGUUUUUUCACUAAAAAAUCAUUGGUUUUUUUUAAAUAGGUAAUUUAGGUUCUUUUACCAUUGUUGAGUUUGAAUUAUAUGCUGUGUCCUUACUGAA